AUGGCGGCGAAGCCGGAGCGGGCUCCGCGCAUGCGCAAGCUGAGGGCAAGCGAGCGGCGGGAAACCGCCAUGGCGGAACCAGCGGCGGGAGCCGGCGGCUCCCCCGGCCCGGCCGCUGCCCCGUCCCCGCGGAGCUCGGCCGGGCCACGGGAGGAUGAGCGAUGCCCCGGCGGAGCCAACCCUGAGAGCGGAGGAGCCGCGGCAGCCGCGGAGCCUGAGGGGAUCUCAGGGCCUCCCAGCACCGAGGGCACGCCGGGCCCGUCCGGCAGGAAGCGAAGAGCCGCGUUCAGCCCCGGGCCCGAGCCGGGCCCGCUCCGCGCCUCCCCGGCCGCGGCCUCCCCUCAGCGCCGCCGCCGCUCCUGGCGCCGCUCCAGCCUCCAAGGGCGCCGCUCCCGCCGCCGCUCGCUGCCCCCCGUGCACCGCGAGGUCACCGAAUUGAGCCAAUCCAUCAGCCUGGAGCUUCCUGAGGUUCAACGUCUCUCCCUCCUCCUCCUCUCCAGCUUCCAGUUCUGUGCCCGGAAGCUGCAGCAGGACCUGGAGGGAUCCGAAGGAUUCGACCCCGAACUUUUCUCUGCCCAAGUCCAGAAGGGCUCUGAGGAAUUGCAGAGGCUCCUGCAGAGGCUGCUCCAGGAUGGGACCCUCGGGAAUUGCCUGGAACCAAACCCAGGGGAUUGCCUGGAUCCGGCCCUGGAGGGAUCGGUGGCGCAGGUGAAGCUGCUCAUGGCCAGCCUGCAGGGGGAGCUCCAGGCCUGGGAUCGGCUCCUGCAGCAGCACCGGCAGCGCUCGGAGGAGGCCGCGCAGUCUCUGCAGCAGCUGCGCUCAGGCCCCGCCCCCCGUGCCCCUCCCCCCGCCGUCCCCUCCCCCUGUGUCCCCCCCCGGCCCGAGUUUGGUUCGGUCCUGGCCCGGCAGCGCCCGGCCCUGCAGCGCCUGCGGCUCCUGGUGGACGAAGCCCAACAAGCCGGGAAAAUGGUGCUGGAGUUCCACCAGCAGAGCAGGAACUUCCUCAGGGACCUCUCAGAGCAGCUGGCUUCCAGAGCGUUCCAGAGGCUGCAGGGAUCCCCCGCACGGAAGUUGCUGCAGAAGAGGCCCCAAAAGGCGCUGCCCGAGGAGGGGGAAUGAAAAUAAAAAAGGAAAAUCCCAAAAUUUCGAA